AUGUCGCGUAAGCAAGCGAUCGAGCUGAGACACGCAACUCCCGGCCCGGACUUCUAUGCCCACUUGCAAAGUCGUGGGAAUGACCCGGCUUUUGUUGCACGGGUGGAGGGUAUGAAUGAAAAGGCUAAAGCGAAGGGGAGACGUGAGAUAUCAGCGCAAGAAGCACGGAAGCAUGCGAGGGAAGUCAAGCGUAAUUUGCGAUUGGAGAAGCGGAAGCUGGUACGUAGUGCUCCCGCACAUCAAACGCCGGCACUCGCUGUGGAGAAGCCUUCGCAGCCUCGACAAAUCGCCUCUGAGUUCUCCUUCGACCGGAUUCGCGAGGCUCGCGGCGAAGAACAAGUACCAGACAGUCAAGUUCAACCUUUCACGAUGCCCGAAGCUGCUGACGACUACGUUGGCAAGCUCACGGGCCGCGAAAAUCAGCACUUCCAGUCCAUGGCCGCACUACUGCAGUAUCGGCUCCAUACCAACGACAAGGAAGGUCCAGGCACUAUGGACGCGGCACGAGCUGCUCGAUUCCGGAAAGAAGUCAUCGCCGAGCGACGGGGUGGGAACGCCAGGGGCUUGCCUUCGGAGUCGCUCGAUUUCAAUGCUAUGUUAGUAAGGGCCAACUUGCAGGAGGGCUUGGACAAGGAGAAUGUGAAGAAGGUUACGCAGGCGAUGCAGGAGACGACGUUGCGGAGGAAGCAGGAGUGA